AUGCGCGAUCUGGAGGGGGAGUCGAGUGUGAAAGCCUCUCUUGAAGCUGCGAAGCAUCAGUCAGACGAGCACUGCACUGACGCGCCAAGCAGCAGCAGUGGCAGCCUCAGCAGUGCUCCAGUUGUCGAGGCAGCUGCCGUUUUGUGCGCCCUCUUUCGCUGGUUUUGCCUGCAGGUUGUGGAAGUCUGCAGUGUGGCCUCUCGCAUCCUUGCCGACGCUUCUUCAGGCAGAGCCGGAGCAUCAGAAACAGGAGCGAUAGCAACAAGCAAGCCUGCAGCGGAGACUUUGGCAGCGACACCACAAGUGGCAGCGGAGACGCCCAUGCACUGGUUCGCCCUGCCUUUUCUCUGUGCCGAGGUUUUGUUGCUGCCGAAGUCUCUGCUGCAGCUGCUAAGCAACGCUGCUGAAGCCCUGCCACCCCUACUCCCACCACAAACACAAGAAACGCAACCACCGCGCUCUCGGAUAUCGCAGCUGGCUGACCUCUCUCGCCACGAGAAGUUGCAGGGAGUUCCCCCUGCAGAAUGUGGCGAAUGGGUUGCUAUUUUUUGCUGCUCCCUUCUCACGAGAGCGGGGGCCCUCCCGUUUAUCCGCCUCCUAGACUACGUCGAGCACGACGCUUCAGGCUUCCUCCGCGCUUCGGUGGGUGGUGUCUGCAGGGAGCUGACAGCAGACGUGCUGGAGCUGUUUUGUCUGGCCCUGCUAAGCCCCUCCGAAGCCAAGAGGGUACCCCAGCAGCAGCAACUUCCGUCCAGCGACCGUUGCCGCUUCAGCUUCCUGCUGCAGCGGCUGCAGCACAAAUUCGCGUCUGCCAGCAGGGAGGCGCUCUGGCGUUUUCUGCUAGGCCUGGGGGAGUCGGUCGUGCGAGAAGAAUGCAGCAAAUCAGGCUCUUUCAGCACAAUUAUGCAGGCGGUAGGAACCUCCGCGCCCUUUGUGAGGUUCCUGCGAGAGCAGCUCGCAGCGACAAUGCUUCGGAUAGACAACCUGCAGCAAGCAAAGCGCCUUUAUUUCUCGGCUGUUGCUCCAACAACCCAAACAGCAUCAGAAGCAAGCGGAGAGGCAGCAGUUCCACCACUGCCAGGAUCAGAAAACGAACGUUUCAUACGCUUUCUUUGCGCAAUCAAGCAGCACACCAACCAGCUCGAGACAACGCAAGCAGGAAAAAAACAUAGACAACAGCAGGAUGAAAUACUUCAUGCGCAUGAUCAGCAGCAGCAGCAGCACCACCACCUCUUUGAUCUGCUACGUUUCUCGCUGCCUCAAAACUUUUCCCCUUCUGACGUUGGUACUUUGCUGGCUCGGGCCGAAUCCAUGCCCGUGAGCGCCAGCAGGAGCAACAGUGGCAGUGGAAACUGCUCAGUGACAAUGGGAUGUAGUGGGAAGCCUAGUUGGCUGUGUGUGAGCGACUCUUUCGACCUUCUGGAGUCUCUUCUAGUGAACGUUGCAGAAGCUACCCAUGUCUGCAGCAGCACGCAGUGGCUACCAGAGGCAGGGGCACGGGAGGAAGGAGGAGAUUCACCCGGGGAGCUUGAUCGAGAGCAGUGCAUGCUUGUGCAAACGUUGGUGCGCCUUCUUGUAGUCUACCAACAGCAGCGAGUUUUAGCGGUGCUCGCGACACAGCAAAAGAGAACACCUGGAGAACCCCCACGGGAGCUGCCUGAUGAAGAGCCUACACCCCAACCUGGAGACAGGGAUGUCUGGCAGCUUAUGAAAUGGAGCAUUAAUACUGCGCCGCUCCUAAGGGCCCUCGCACUCUUUUCUGCAAGCUCUGAAUCGGUGAAGCAGGCAGCUCUUGAAGCAAAUGGUGAGGGUUUGCUACUCGCGGACCAGCUGCUGCGGGGAGAAUUUACUGCAACGCCUGCCACUAGGGCUACCGAUACUCCCGCGCUCAUGAGCAACGUUUGUGCGCUCACACGGUCAACGAUUUUGGGAGGGCUCGCUCGCUUGCCUCUGUAUGCCUCUCAACCCUCAAUGUUUUUGAACUGUUUGUCGACAGCAGCUCGUGGCAAGUCUGCUGAGACUACUGGCAAGCCACUCGCCCCCGACAACCGAUCACUCCCCCUACCGGUACACUUGAAUCCAGGUACACGCCAUGAGUGCUCUUACGUGGCACUGCCUGCAGGAAAGAGAAAUGCAGAAGAUGGAACAGCUGCAGCCAAGGCAGCGAGCCGAAUCUGCCAGAUGGCGGCUGUCCCUCGAAUUCAAGCACUUAAGCUAGCAAAUAUGUGGAUUGGAAAUGAACUAUUUAGCAGCAGAACUUGGAAGACUCGGCGCUUAAAGGGAACAGGGACAAAUGAAGGAAAACGCCAGGAGUUUGAAACCCCUUCCCUAUCCUUGUAA